AUGGGUGCUUUACUAGCAGCUCCAGCAUGCGCAGCCUCGGUGAGUCUCGUUCCUCCUUCAGAAUGUAUCGAAUGAUCAAUUUUCAGAUGGCAUGCUGCUUCGGAAGCGCCGCGUGCUCCCUGUGCUGCAAUGUCUGCCCCACUACUAAAAGCUCGACGACAACUCGGAUCAUGUACGCGUUAAUGCUCUUCGUGAGCACGUUCGUCUCAUGUAUAAUGCUGCUGCCAGGAAUUCAGAACAAAUUAGCAGAGGUCAGUCACUGCAGCUGAAACUUAUACGAUUCCCGGAGUGUUUUUAGAACAAAUGGUUUUGUGAAGGCUUGAACGAGUAUGCAGGCAUAAGUUGUGCACACGCCACUGGCUUCCAAGCAGUUUACCGUGUCUGUGCUGCCACCGCCUCAUUCUUCUUGCUCUUUAUGCUCAUUAUGAUCGGGGUAAAGGACUCGAAAGACGGUCGUUCUUCGAUUCAAAAUGGCUUCUGGGCGUUCAAAUACCUGCUCCUCAUCGGUCUUUGCGUCGGAUUCUUCUUCAUUCGCAGUGAGAGCCUUGCCACUCGUAAGUGUCCAAUCUUUAAAGCAAUCACUGUCAGCACAAAUUAUAUUUCAGCGCUCAUGUAUCUUGGAUUAAUUGGCGGAUUCCUGUUCAUCCUUAUCCAGCUCAUUCUGAUCGUGGAUUUCGCUCACGGAGUUGCAGAUUCUUGGGUGGCAGCUUACGAAGAGGACGACUCUCGUUACUGUUAUGCCGGUCUGCUCGGAAUCACCUUUGGAGGAUACGCCCUUUCCGUCGUUGCCGUCAUCCUGAUGAUUGUCUUCUACACUACCGGAGAAGGAUGCGGACUUCCUCGCUUCUUCAUAAUUUUCAACACCUUGCUCUGCAUCGGUCUCACUGCUAUUUCGCUAUCGCCUGCUGUUCAGGAGCGGUCUCCUCGUUCCGGACUUAUUCAGUCGGUCAUGAUCACUGGAUACGUCGUUUAUCUGACAUGGGCCGCCCUGAUCAACAACCCAGAUAAGCAGUGUAAUCCUUCGCUCAUCAGCAUCUUCACUGGAAACAGCACUGAUCCAUCGCACAAAGGAGGAGAACACUACGGAAUUCCGUUGCCGGCCCAAUCAAUCGUCUCGCUGUUCCUCUGGUUCGCCUGCCUUCUUUACGCUUCGAUUCGCAACUCAUCGAACACUUCGCUGGGCAGAAUCACCGGAGGAGGAGAAUCCUCCAAUGAGGCUAUUCAACUAAGUUCGUCUAUGAAUGGUGGUUCGUGCAUGAUCAUUUCCUUCCCGUUCUGUUAUUGUCCAGUUUUCCAUUUGUCUUUUGUCGUUUGUCCUUCUUCAGUAUUUAAUUCCAACAAAAUUUUUGCUAUUUUCAGCUGAUGACACCGAGUCGCAGAGUUCCCGUCGCGUCUAUGACAACGAGGAGGAUGGUGUCGCUUACUCGUACAGCUUCUUCCACUUCAUGUUCGCCCUUGCUUCUCUCUACGUAAUGAUGACUCUGACUUCGUGGUAUAAGUGAGUAUUUAUCUUCGUAUUAAUUUUCCAAAUGUGAAAUUUCAGGCCUGACAAUGAUCUGUCUCAUCUGAACUCGAACAUGGCGUCGGUUUGGGUGAAGAUCGUGUCCUCGUGGAUCUGUGUCGCACUUUACUGCUGGACCCUGAUAGCUCCACUCGUGUUCCCAGACAGAGAGUUCUAA